AUGUCAGCGGGUAUGGUUUUCGUGUGGACACAUAAAUUAAUUCAAGCUGAUGUUGUUCGAAUGAUGUAUGCUAUUGAUUGUAAAUAUGUUGAAAACCUGGUUUGGUUUAAAAAAUCCGUAAAUAAUGUUUAUUUGGAUCAACCAAGUCCUUAUAUCAGUUCUACUAAAGAAAUCUUAUUAAUGUUUAAAAAGGUAAUACACAUUACUGGAGAUGGAUUUGAAUUAAGACAUCAACGUUCACCAGAUGUUAUUAUUGACUUUGAAAAACCAGUAAGAGAAUGGAUUCAUGAUGAAUAUACAGAACCAAAGCCACCAGGAGUAUAUGAUAUGAUUGAAACAUUACUGCCAAAAGCAGGUUAUGAUGAAUCUAUUCGUCGUGGUCGAUUUUUAGAAUUAUGGGCUAAAAAGAAAGCACCUCGACGAGAAGGUUGGAUUGCUUUUCAUGAAAACAAGAAAGCUAUUACAAAGACAGAAUUAAUAGAAGAUAAGCAAACAGAGGUGACAGUAAAGGAAGAGUAUACACCACCUGAUAUAAUUAAACAUGAAACUAUGGAAGAAUAA